UCGGGUAUGGUUUCAGUGUGUCGGGGUAUAGGUCCGCAUGAACGUGCCUCUUCAUGUCUUGGUACUCUUCAACGUCCAUUUGCCUCUGAGCGUCUCUUGCCCGAUGCUCUCUCCUCACCUCCAGAUUCAGAGAUCGGUUCUCCGCCUCUCUUCCUGACAUCCCGUCCUGACCACCGAGAUGAAGCGGUAUGGCAGCGGUAUCCACGGGAACCCGGAUGCCUCUUUCGAGCAGUGCGUCAAAAGUCACAGCAUGGGAAACGAGGUUCUGAUUGCCUUGUAUUGCAGAUUAGGUCGGAUCUCUCCGUUGCUUUUGGGGAUAGCAAAAGCGGCUUGCCGGUUCCGCCCUAACGACGUCUUUCGGUCUGUGUUUCCGGUGGCUCUUGCUUUGAGUAACAUUGCACUCGCUCUCACUAUCGGUUGUGAUCUAUGGUUACUAAAGGGAACCGUCGUAAUACUACCGGUGACACAAAGAUCAAUCUGGCUGAUGAGAUGGACCGCCAGCUGAAUCGGUUGCGAUGGUUGUACGCAUACACCCAGAGAAGACACCGCGAUCGUG